AUGUUGUGUACAGGAGACUCGCUGGAAAGGCUCCAAGUUAAGGGAAUUAGGCGAUGGCUACAAGCUCAUCUACCACGGCACAUCAAAUCGCAAUGGCUGGGUAUCAUAUUGAACGAGUCAUUUAGAAACAGCGUCACAGUAGUGGAUCGCCUGAUAGCUGCAAAAGUAGACACAGGAGAAGUGGAAUUGCGAGUCGUCUUUGCUUAUGCGCCACAGGCGGGCUGUAUUGAAGAAGAGAAGGCAAGCUUUUGGGAGGAUCUGGAGCAGUACGUCCAGUCCCUGGAAGACGAAGAAGUACUUUUAAUCGGAGGAGACUUCAACGGACAUGUCGGUUCUCGGAAAGACGGAUUCGAGAGUUGUCAUGGUGGAUACGGCUAUGGAGCUCGUAACGACGACGGGUGGCGAACCCUGGAGUAUGCUGUUGCAAGUGACUUGAUCAUCGCUAACACGCAGUAUCGGAAAAGAAAAUCGCAUUUGAUCACGUACACCAGCGGCGGUCGUGAAACACAAAUAGAUUUCUGGAUGUUACGCCGACGAGAUCGCCGACUUCUGCAGGAUUCAAAAGUCAUCCCUACAGACCAUGUUGCUGCCCAACACGAUCUGCUCGUUAUGGACUUGAAAAUCUCCCGUCCAAGGAAGAGACAUCCGAGGACUGAAACACAGCGCAUCAAAUGGUGGAAUCUGAAGGAUCGAAAGGAGGUAUUUUUCGCGUCCGUGGCUCCAUCUACACUUCCCCACCCUACUCGUAGUGUGGAGGAAAUGUGGUCGUCUACUUCCAGCGUUAUACGCUUGAUCGAGGAAAACACUCGGAGAAAGACGACUCUAGGUAAGCCCAAGGUACAAAAGGCUACGUGGUUUCGGAACGAGGAAGUUUAG